CAAUAUUACCAUUUAAUUAUUAUGGAUAUGAAAUACUUUAAAUAUUUACUAUUUUUACUAUCAAUAGUAAAAAUCUCGGCUGGUCUUGAAUGCGGACAAUUCACUCAUGUAUUCACGGAGCGUAUUGUUGGUGGAAUUCACGCCAACCUUGGUGAAUUCCCGUGGCAAGUGAGCAUGCAGAGACAGGCGGGCAGUCGGGCGCCCGGCAGACAAUGGAUGCCCGGACCGGGCGUAUGGCCACAGCCGGGCCACUGGCAACAGCCCAGCGUUAGCCAAUGGCAACAACCCAUACACCACACGAUUGGCGUCAAACCGACACCACCGGGCGGUUGGCCCGCGCCUCCCAGUCGACCCGUUCCAUACCCGCCCGGACACAUACACCCGCCCACACCAGGCAGUCCACCGGUGAAACCCGUACAACAACUGCCAGCCCAACCGGCGCCACCACCACCGCAACCACAACCCGUGCCACAGCCGCCACCACUACCGGCCACACCUGUGCCCACAUUCCCACCUCCACCACCACCAGCAUCGCAACCACACCCGGCGCCACCCCAACAGCAGCCACAGCCGCUGCCGCAGCCCCGACCCCCACAGCCAGCACCGGCACCGGCGGCCCCCUCUGUAACGCAAGGCCGGUGGCAGCACUUUUGCGGCGGCUCUAUCAUCAACGAGAACUGGAUCUUAACGGCAGCUCAUUGUGUGGAAAACAUGAAAUAUUCGUACACUCCCGGCUCCAUACGGAUAGUGUUGGGUACAGUGGACUGGCGUAACACCGCCGCCGGCGCGCCCCAAAUGAUAGCCAUCGGUCGUAUUGUAGUGCACGACGGCUGGAACCGCAACACCGGCCAGAAUGACAUCGCACUCCUCCAGACCUCGUCGGCCAUACAGUUCCAGACGUCACCCGACGGCACAGUACUGGCCAACAAAGUGUGUCUCUCCAACACAGCCAACGCCGAGUACGCGGGCACUGCUGUGUCAAGCGGUUGGGGUUAUCUCAAUAAAAACUCGAGAGUAUCGCCGGAUCUGUUGCGCAAAGUGGAGAUACCGGUUGUCGACUACAAUACGUGCAAAAACGCAUUCAGUCGCGUCAUUGGUGUCACACAGAAUCAGGUCUGCGCCGGUCAGGCGCCCAAAGGCAACUGUAUGGGUGAUUCCGGUGGCCCGUUAGUGCAGACCACGGGCAAUAAGGCCACGCAAAUCGGUAUAGUGUCCUUCUCGAUCCCGUGUGCCGUUCACGGCUACCCCGAUGUCUUCACCAAAGUGUCCAAAUAUAUCGAUUGGAUUAAUCAAAAUACCAAUAAUGCUGUCGGCGUGUCAUCCAUGGGUUAGACCGCCCGUCCCUUCCGGUGCUCCGCGAG